AAAUGGCCGCCGGGUGUGGUGAGGGCGGCGCGCUCAGCUCCUAGGGCUCGGUCCGCGCACCGACUCCUGACAGCGCCCGCGGCACGGCCCACCCUUUCCGCCGCGGGCGUGGGCGCCGUUUCCCCGCGCUUGUGGGCCGGUAUUGGAAUAAAGGAAACUACAGUUUGCUGUGAAAAUGUCCGUUUUAAUAUCACAGAGUGUAAUAAAUUAUGUAGAAGAAGAAAACAUUCCAGCUCUAAAAGCUCUUCUUGAAAAAUGCAAAGAUGUAGAUGAGAGAAAUGAGUGUGGGCAGACUCCACUGAUGUUAGCUGCUGAACAAGGCAAUUUGGAAAUAGUGAAAGAAUUGAUCAAGAAUGGAGCCAAUUGUAAUCUGGAAGAUUUGGAUAACUGGACAGCACUUAUAUCAGCAUCAAAAGAAGGACAUGUGCACAUUGUGGAAGAACUGCUCAAAUGCGAGGUUAACCUGGAGCACCGUGACAUGGGAGGAUGGACAGCUCUUAUGUGGGCAUGUUAUAAAGGCCGUACAGAAGUAGUAGAGUUGCUGCUUUCUCAUGGUGCCAAUCCAAGUGUCACUGGUCUGCAGUACAGUGUUUACCCAAUCAUUUGGGCUGCAGGGAGAGGUCAUGCAGACAUAGUGCAUCUUUUACUACAAAAUGGUGCUAAGGUCAACUGCUCUGAUAAGUAUGGAACGACCCCCUUGGUUUGGGCCGCACGGAAGGGUCAUUUGGAAUGUGUAAAGCAUUUGUUAGCCAUGGGAGCUGAUGUUGACCAAGAAGGAGCUAACUCAAUGACUGCACUGAUUGUGGCAGUAAAAGGAGGCUACACACAGUCAGUAAAAGAAAUUUUGAAGAGGAAUCCAAAUGUAAAUUUAACAGAUAAGGAUGGAAAUACAGCUUUGAUGAUUGCUUCCAAGGAGGGACAUACAGAGAUUGUACAGGAUCUCCUCGAUGCUGGAACAUAUGUUAACAUACCUGAUAGGAGUGGGGAUACUGUAUUGAUCGGUGCUGUCAGAGGUGGUCAUGUGGAAAUUGUUCGAGCACUUCUUCAGAAAUAUGCUGAUAUAGACAUCAGGGGACAGGACAAUAAAACUGCCUUGUAUUGGGCAGUUGAGAAAGGAAAUGCAACAAUGGUCAGAGAUAUCUUACAGUGCAAUCCUGACACUGAAAUAUGUACAAAGGAUGGGGAAACACCACUUAUAAAGGCCACUAAGAUGAGAAAUAUUGAAGUAGUAGAGCUGCUGCUAGAUAAAGGAGCUAAAGUCUCUGCUAUAGACAAGAAAGGAGACACUCCUUUACAUAUUGCUAUUCGUGGGAGGAGUCGGAAACUGGCAGAACUUCUACUGAGAAAUCCCAAAGAUGGAAGGUUACUCUAUAGGCCCAACAAAGCAGGAGAGACUCCCUACAACAUUGACUGUAGCCAUCAGAAAAGUAUUUUAACUCAAAUAUUUGGAGCCAGACACUUAUCUCCUACGGAAACAGAUGGUGAUAUGCUUGGUUAUGACUUAUAUAGCAGUGCCCUGGCAGAUAUUCUUAGUGAACCUACCAUGCAGCCACCCAUCUGUGUGGGGCUGUAUGCACAGUGGGGAAGUGGGAAAUCUUUCUUACUCAAGAAAUUAGAAGAUGAAAUGAAGACGUUUGCAGGACAACAGAUUGAACCUCUUUUUCAGUUUUCAUGGCUGAUAGUAUUUCUGACCCUGCUGCUUUGUGGAGGGAUGGGAUUAUUGUUUGCUUUUACAAUUGACCUAAAUCUUGGAGUGGCAGUGUCAUUGAGCUGCUUGGCUCUCUUAUACAUCUUUUUCAUUGUCAUUUACUUUGGUGGACGAAGAGAAGGAGAGAGUUGGAAUUGGGCUUGGGUCCUUAGUACCAGAUUGGCAAGACAUAUUGGAUAUUUGGAACUCCUCCUUAAGUUGAUGUUUGUGAAUCCUCCUGAAUUGCCAGAACAAACCACUAAAGCUUUACCUGUGAGGUUUUUGUUUACAGAUUAUAAUAGGCUGUCCAGUGUUGGUGGAGAAACAUCAAUGGCUGAAAUGAUUGCAACUCUCUCAGAUGCUUGUGAAAGAGAGUUUGGGUUUUUGGCAACUAGACUGUUUCGAGUAUUCAAGACUGAAGAUACACAGGGUAAAAAGAAGUGGAAGAAAACAUGUUGUCUCCCAUCUUUUGUCAUCUUUCUUUUCAUCUUGGGCUGCAUUAUUGCUGGUAUUACUCUUCUGGCUAUAUUCAGAGUUGACCCCAAACAUAUGACAGUGAAUGCUGUCCUCAUAUCAAUUGCCUCAAUAGUGGGGUUGGCUUUUAUAUUAAACUGUCGUACAUGGUGGCAGGUGCUGGACUCUCUCCUAAAUUCACAAAGAAAGCGUCUUCAUAAUGCUGCUUCCAAACUGCACAAAUUGAAAAGUGAAGGAUUCAUGAAAGUUCUUAAGUGUGAAGUGGAAUUGAUGGCCAGAAUGGCAAAAACCAUUGAUAGCUUCACUCAGAAUCAGACACGACUGGUGGUUAUCAUCGAUGGGCUAGAUGCCUGUGAGCAAGACAAAGUUCUUCAGAUGUUGGACACUGUUCGAAUUCUGUUUUCCAAAGGCCCAUUCAUUGCCAUCUUUGCAAGUGACCCACAUAUCAUUAUAAAGGCAAUUAACCAGAACCUCAAUAGUGUGCUUCGUGACUCAAAUAUUAAUGGACAUGAUUAUAUGCGCAAUAUAGUUCACUUGCCUGUUUUUCUUAACAGUCGUGGACUAAGUAAUGCAAGAAAAUUUCUUGUAACUUCAACAACAAAUGGGGACAUUCCAUGCACAGAUACUGCAGGUAUCCAGGAAGAUGCAGACAGACGAGUUUCACAAAUCAGCCUUGGGGAGAUGACAAAACUCGGUAGCAAGACAGCCCUCAAUAGACGGGAUACUUACCGAAGAAGGCAGAUGCAGCGAACAAUUACUCGGCAGAUGUCCUUUGAUCUUACAAAACUACUGGUUACAGAGGACUGGUUCAGUGACAUCAGCCCUCAGACCAUGAGAAGAUUACUUAAUAUUGUUUCUGUGACAGGGCGGUUACUGAGAGCCAACCAGAUUAGUUUCAACUGGGAUCGGCUUGCUAGUUGGAUCAAUCUUACUGAGCAGUGGCCAUACAGAACUUCCUGGCUCAUACUCUAUUUGGAAGAGACUGAAGGUAUUCCAGAUCAAAUGACACUAAAAACCAUCUAUGAAAGAAUAUCAAAGAAUAUUCCAACAACAAAAGAUGUUGAGCCACUGCUUGAAAUAGAUGGAGACAUAAGAAAUUUUGAAGUGUUUUUAUCUUCACGGACCCCAGUUCUUGUGGCUCGAGAUGUGAAGACCUUUUUGCCAUGCACAGUAAACCUAGACCCCAAACUACGGGAAAUUAUUGCAGACGUUCGUGCUGCCAGAGACCAGAUUAAUAUCGGAGGACUUGCAUAUCCUGCUCUGUCUUUACACGAAGCUCCUGCAAGAGCACCGUCUGGCUACAGUCAGCCUCCGUCUGUCUGUUCUUCUUCCACUUCCUUCAAUGGUCCCUUUGGAGGAGGGGUUGUAUCUCCACAGCCUCACAGCAGCUAUUACAGUGGUAUGACGGGACCUCAGCAUCCAUUCUACAACAGGCCAUUCUUUGCCCCAUACCUUUACACGCCAAGGUAUUACCCUGGCGGUACCCAACAUCUCAUCUCACGUCCAUCAGUAAAAACGAAUUUGCCCAGAGAUCAAAGCAGUGGCCUAGAGGUUAUCAAGGAGGAUGCUGCUGAGGGGCUUUCUUCACCCACAGACUCCUCAAGGGAACAGACUUGGAUGCGAAUGUUAAAGAUGCCAAGGCCGUGUGACUCUGGGUUUAACAAACAGAGACAGGGAUCAGGCCCAGCCUCUGGACCAGUGAUAUCACUGAACUCAAUGAAUGUGGAUGCAAUUUGUGAGAAACUGAAACAAAUAGAAGGGUUGGACCAGAGUAUGCUGCCCCAGUAUUGUGCAACAAUCAAAAAGGCAAACAUAAAUGGCCGUGUAUUAGCUCAAUGUAACAUUGAUGAGCUGAAGAAAGAGAUGAGUAUGAAUUUUGGAGAUUGGCACCUUUUCAGAAGCACAGUAUUAGAAAUGAGAAAUGCAGAAAGCCAAGUGGUCCCUGAAGAACCCCGCUUGCUGAGUGAAAACAACAGUGGCCCAGUUUCUCAUGGUGAAUCUGCUCGUCAUUCUUCACACAAUGAAUUACCUCAUACUGAGCUUUCCAAUCAAGCACCAUACACACUGAACUUCAGCUUUGAAGAACUGAAUACACUUGGCCUGGAUGAGGGUGCCCCGCGUCACAGUAAUCUAAGUUGGCAGUCACAAACUCGCAGAACCCCAAGUCUCUCAAGUCUUAAUUCCCAGGAUUCCAGUAUUGAAAUUUCAAAGCUUACUGAUAAGGUGCAGGCUGAGUAUAGGGAUGCCUAUAGAGAAUAUAUUGCUCAGAUGUCACAGUUAGAAGGGGGAACAGGUUCUGCGACAAUUAGUGGCAGAUCUUCCCCACAUAGCACAUAUUAUAUGGGUCAGAGUUCAUCAGGGGGCUCUAUUCAUUCUAAUCUAGAACCAGAAAAAGGGAAGGACAGUGAACCAAAGCAAGAUGAUGGAAGGAAGUCAUUUUUAAUGAAGAGGGGAGAUGUUAUAGAUUAUUCGUCAUCAGGGGUUUCUACUAGUGAUGCUUCGCCCUUGGAUCCUAUCACUGAAGAAGAUGAAAAAUCUGAUCAGUCAGGCACUAAGCUUCUUUCAGGCAAGAAAUCUUCAGAAAGGUCUAGUCUCUUCCAGACAGACUUGAAGCUUAAAGGAGGUGGACUGCGCUAUCAGAAACUUCCGAGUGAUGAAGAUGAGUCUGGGCCAGAAGAAUCAGAUAAUACCCCACUGCUCAAAGAUGACAAAGAUAAAAAGGCUGAAGGGAAAGUAGAGAGAGUGUCAAAGUCUCCUGAGCACAGUGCUGAGCCCAUUAGAACCUUCAUUAAGGCUAAAGAGUAUUUAUCAGAUGCCCUUCUUGACAAAAAAGAUUCCUCUGAUUCAGGAGUGAGAUCCAAUGAAAGUUCUCCUAACCACUCUCUUCACAAUGAAGCUGCUGAUGACUCCCAGCUUGAGAAGGCAAACCUCAUAGAACUCGAAGAUGAUGGUCACACUAGCAAACGGGGAAUACCACAUAGCUUGAGUGGCCUACAGGAUCCAAUCAUAGCUCGUAUGUCCAUUUGCUCCGAAGACAAGAAAAGCCCUUCUGAGUGUAGCUUGAUAGCCAGCAGCCCUGAAGAAAACUGGCCUUCGUGCCAAAAAGCCUACAAUCUGAAUCGAACACCUAGUACUGUGACUCUGAACAACAACAGUGCUCCAGCCAACAGAGCUAAUCAGAAUUUCGAUGAAAUGGAGGGAAUUAGGGAUACUUCACAGGUCAUUUUAAGACCUGGUCCCAGCUCCAACCCCACCUCUAAUCAGAAUGAAAACCUGAAAAGCAUGGCACACAAGCGAAGCCAGCGUUCAAGUUACACAAGGCUUUCAAAAGAUUCUUCAGAGCUUCAUGCAGCUGCCUCUCCUGAGAGUACAGGUUUUGGAGAGGAAAGAGAAAGCAUUCUUUAAGGAAACAUAAGCAGAAGUAGCAUAGUGUCACUGUAUUGAGUUUUAUAGUGAAGCUGUCCAUGCAUGUCAUUUUUGUAUAUGUCAUUAGAAAUAAUGGGUGAGAAGGCAUAAUAUUCAACAAAGGAAAGUAUAGGAAAGUAUAGGUAGGAAAGGAUGAUGGUUCACCAAUCAGCCUCCACCAUGAUUUUAGUUAGACGCUUAAGAACUCAUCUACUUUCAACUUUCAUUGGUAUAUAACCCCAUCAAACUUUUUGAGAUAAGAUUUGAGAGUAAAGUCAGAAGUAGUUUAUUAAACAGAGGGCUUAAUUUGCCAAACAAAAUAAGAUACUAUAAACCCUUUUUGUAGAACAUAUACUCAUCAAAUAUUUGAAAAAAGAUAUGGUGUUAGAUGAAGCAGAAAUAAGUUUUGCUCUUAGAAUCAAAAUAGAAAUGGAAACAUUAGAGUAUUUCAAAGAUUAAAAGUAAAUGCUCUGUAAGUUGAGAAUCAGUAUUCUAUAUACUAGACAAAUUGCUGACUAAAAAGUUUUAAAAAUUUAAGUAGAAAAUAUACAAUAAAGAGGGCUAUGAAACUUGAUAAGAAAGUAAGUCAUUGGUGCAUAAAGUAUAGCCCCAGUAACUGGCGAUUAAGAGGUGUAAGGGCCAUGGCCUAUAGGGAAGGCCAAUGACCUCCCUGUCACCUGGAUGGUCUCUAGACACUCCCAGACCUGGUUUCAAGCACCAUCCACCUGCUUGAGAACCCAUCCUGGUCUACUCUAACUCAUUAAAUUGUGUUCCCAACAUUUCUUAUUGACCCUUGCAAUGAAAGGAAAGAUACUAAAUGCUUUGGGAAAUCAGGAUAACAUGAAUAAUAAUAAUAGUCAGUAAUAAAUAUUUUGGAAUAGACAAACAAGGAGAUAGUUACAACAGAAACAUCCAUGUCAACUGGCAGUUGACAAGGAAAUAACUAGGUUAAAUGAAAUUAUUGUCUUCUGUAGCAGGGCAUAGUUUAUUUACUUUGUCUAUUCUUAACACAUUGAUUCUGAAGAAGGAUCAUAUAAAAGGAGAUACUUUCUAAAGAUUAAAAACCUAACAAAGAUAAAAGAUAAGACUGAUGUGACUUCUCAUUUAUUGUUAAUAGAGUGAUGGGAAUGAUCAUAUUUCAGUACUGAGUGAACUAGAAAUAUACCUGUUCCAAGCAUUGGACCUUUUAUUGUUUGAACAUUAUUUAUGUAGAAUUGAUUUUGGCAGUGUAUUUCAGUCACAGAGAAGACUAUAUGUUGAGGUUGUAGGUGUGCUAGUACCUGAAUUUUAGUAUUAUAUCUGUGAUGGUUAUCAUCUAAUGAAUUUUUAUUAAUUUAAUGAAUAAUUUAUUUACUUGACCAGUCAUUGCACUUGCUAGUUGCUAUAUUGGAUUUCAUUUUCUUAGUAUUUAAGAGUCACUAACAUUUUCAUGAAGUGUUUACUUUGCGUGAUUUUAACAAAUGUUUUAACCAGUUUUUUUUAAAGGUGGGAUGUUAUUGACAUAUUGAACAGUUAAAUAAUUAUAGUAUUAGUUUACAGUGUUGUAUAAUUAGCAAUUACUUCACAGGCCAUGUUUUGUUCCUUUUCUGAAGAGUAUAUUCAGCUUAAUAUCACUGUGACCUGUAUGCUGUUUGUGAAGUUAAUAGAGAGUAUUAAGUGUACAAAUAGAUUUAGAAAACAAUAAAAAAAAAUUGCAUGCUA